AGAAUUCAAAUUAGAAUUGUUUACAGGUUUGUUUUAGUGUUCACAUGCCUUCUAGAAGCUUCUUUCAGAAGUCUUGGAAGAGAGCAGACUCUGAUCUCAUGAGCCAUGAGUCAUGCAGAGGGCGAUGGUGAUGGGAGUGGGAGUUGCACUUGUGAGUGUGUGAUCAAUGUUAAGAAACUGUUGGUUAGUGAAACAAAAAGGAAGAUCAUCUAGAUAUUUAAAGGGAAUUACUGAGUCACUGAUGAGGUCUUAAGUUCAUGAUUCAAUGUUUACUUAACUUAACUAUACUUAACUAUUACUUAAACUAUAGCUGGGUAUCUGAGUAUGUUUGCUGCCUGUUACCAUGGAUGCCAUGUAAACUGUACUUUUACUGUUUGAACUCACAUGGAUGAAACAUACCUAAGAAAUUAUAUUUGCCUACCUUAAAAUUGAGUUGAACCUGUUGCCAAGCUCUGUGAACAAAAGGCAGGCAUGCUCCAAAGCACUGGAAACUAAAAAUGGAUUUUGAGGAGUUUCGUUUCUGCUUUAUAGAGGGGGAUUUGUUGCAUCACUGUGGGGAUUUCACAACUGUUUGAGAAACAGUCCCAGUAGGCAAGAAAAUACCCUUCAAUAAACAAAAUGCCAAGGCAAAAGAAUAUACACACUGGCAAAUAGAAAGUGGUAAAGUUAAUGUUCUCUUUUCUCAGAAUAUUGCUGGGGGGGACUUCCAGUAUGAAAUGUAAGAUUGCAAAAUUAGCCCUUAAGAUGGCUAUUACUAACAAAUCCUGGAAAUGAAACAAGGCCACACUCGGGACAGCACAGGAAGCAGGAUAGGGCGGAGUUUACUCUUAGCUCAGUGCAUCCCCUACCCCCACUAUGUGAGUAUUAGACCUGUGUUGAUUUAAAAUCCAUGCUGCACACUUCCUUGGACAGUAGAAAUCAAAGCAAACUACUUUCGUGAAAUGUAAAGACCAUUAAAGAUAUUUCCAUGGAGAUCCUGAUGUCAGCUUUUAAGGAAUGGGACGCUGGAUCCCUGUUGACAGACUACUCUGGUCGGAGAAGUGAGCAGAAGUAUGUUUUUUUCUUCACGCUGCUCUUCUUCGUCCUGAGGGAGAAAGUGUAUAAUUAUGGACUUUGUGCUGAUAAAGCAGUGCACAAUAUGAAAGGUAUUUGUGUCUCCUGCAACUCCCAACUCUCCUAUGCCUCCCAGUACAUACUAUCACUGAUACCACUUACAGUGGGAUUUCACAACACCUGAUGCCAUACUCAUGUCUACCUGCUUUGCAAAUGAAUACUGCACUGCUGUUACUGAAUUUGUUUGAUCAAAUGUCACUUUGACCCAACAAUAAUAUAAGCUAUAACAAUCUUCAGACUGUCAACCUGCUGCAUGUCAAUAAAAUGACGCACACUCCAAAGCGUGCCAGCCACAGCCAUCAGCUGUUUCACACCGCCUGUGAAAAGAGGCCUGUUUUUCUCUGGGUACAAUGCCAUCAUUGAUCAGUGAUUUCUCCUGGUCAGAAUUCAGAGGGCAACAAACAAACAAGCCACCUCGCAGUGUUAAAACCAGACCAUUAUGUGACUCCUGCAUUAUGUCCCGUCCAUGCAGCUGUACCUUGUCCUGGUGUUUUCUCUGCUUUUUGCUGGCUCUCAACUCAAACCAUGCCUGGUCUGCUCCGGAUUUCUCUGAUUUCCUUCACACAGUGUUGAGGAACCACACAGCCCACGCAUGUGAGGGAGAGACUCUGAGCAUCAGAUGUCCCUCAAAAACCUCAGUGGCUAUUUUGUCUGCAUUCUAUGGACGGCGAAUACCAAGUCAGCACUUAUGCCCCGACGCAAACACAAACAUCACAGAAGAAAGCACAGAAUGCAUGUCUGCCAUCGCCAUACAGAAAGUGGUGUCCGAGUGCCAGGAUCGGAGGGCAUGCCAGAUUCCUGUGGCGAGUCGAGUGUUUGGACAAGAUCCCUGCCCUGAAACCACCAAGUACAUCCUGGUUUCCUACAAGUGUCGGCCCGCACAUCAUCGCUUGCGAACAGCGUGUGAAAACGAGAGGCUGAGGCUCGCCUGUAAGAACGACACCGUGCUGGCCAUCUACUCCGCCACCUUUGGCCACCUGGAGCAUGACACCCCUGUAUGCCCUCAAGGGGGGCAUGUGAAGCCUGACAUGGAGUGCUUGUCACCAUCAGCCUUGAGAAGGGUAUCAUGGAAAUGUCACGGCAGAACAAACUGCACCGUGCUGGCCAGUGUGCAGAACUUUGGCGACCCCUGCUUUCCUGGCACCAGCAAACAUCUGCGAGUGUCUUUCACAUGUGUUCCUAGGUAUUUGCUGGAAGAUGUGGGGCGUGGAGGCGCAGAUCCUUUCCGAAUCUCUGAUUAUACACAUGGUGGCUGGUACACUGGCCCUGGUGUGUACAGACCACAAAACAUUUUCACCAACACUUUGGAAAUCUUUUUCCAGAUCAAGGGGCUUCCAGAGACAGUGGCUCUGUACUUUGUCUCAGGCAUAUGUGCUGGCUUGGUCUUCCUGCUGUGUCUGUUUGGUGUGAAAUCUACACUGGUGCGGGACGUGAAGGACUUGGUGUCCGAUCUAGAGGAUGAGAUCAAGACUGCACACAGAUCACGCCGUGGGCUGAUCAAUGACGACAAUAUCUCAUUAGACUCUUCCUUUCCUCGCUUUACAUACCCUUACCGUGGAGCUGACUUGUUCAGCCCAGAGAUGGUCAUGACAGUGGUUAUGGAAGACAAGAGAGAUGAGGACAGGGACAAAGCAGAGGUGUCAAAUGGAGACAUUUGGCCACCUUGCAAUUCCAGCCCUUACGCCAUCCAUAAAUCCAAACUUUCAUCUGCCUGACUUUAGAAAUGAACACACUCCAGUCAUGCCCCUGCUUAUUGUGCUGAAGUUUUGACCAGUUUUGUAGAGGACUUUAACACUCAUCUAUAUUAUUAAAUGAGAUAAAAAAUUAUAUUGUCAUGCAUUCAUUCCAAUAAUGUGUCUCAUAAACCAUUGCAAGACUUGCAAGAUUAAUAAUUGUUACAUAUAAUAAACACCUUGUUAAAAUAUACAGUAUAUACAGUAUUACUAUUAGUUGUGUGUCUAUUACUGAACAUACAUAACCUUCUAUAACUUUCUGUUGGAUAUUAUCAUGGGAUAUAAGUGUUUGUUUAUUUGUGAGAAUUUUUGUAAUGUAAUGUUUUGAUAGUAAAUCAAAUAAUGAAAUGAAAUAAAAAAAAAAAACAG